AUGUAUUCUUCCUUAUUUUCAUCACCACCUUUCAAUAAGUUUGCUGGUUUUAUCCUUUAUGGUCUAUUAUCGGUAGCGUUAAUAACGUUAGCACAGGAAGAUAGUAUAGGGAAUGAGAAUCCCAAAAGUUGUAUAGUAGAACCCUUAGAGCCAGUGGAGGAAGCGAAUAAGCAAAAAACGAUAGGAUAUGUUCAACUGUUUGGCACAGGUCUACCAAAAAUACCAUGGAAUAAUUAUGAUUAUAUAAAUGUUAUUGCAUUUCCGAAGGAUGGUGAUGGCAAAGGGUAUAGUAUUUAUUACCCAAAUGAUGAAAAUAAAUUAAAACCCAUAGAUGAUUUGAGAGAAUCUAGAACCAAAGCUAAAGCAACUACAAAAAUUCUUCUUUCAAUAAGAAAUUAUAAUGUUGAUCAAUGGCCGCAAGAUGAUGCCAAUUAUCAAAGAAUUAUUACCGACACAAUUAAUACUAUAAACGAUCAUGAGUUAGAUGGUAUAGACAUUGAAUAUCCAGGAAUGAGAGGAAGCCUUUAUGUAAUUGGAAAUUUAAAAGAAAUUGAUUAUUUUAACAUUGAAACUUAUCAUAAUGCUUUAUAUCAAAACUUAAAAGCGCCGCCAGCAGAAGUUAACAACUAUAAAUCAUAUCCAAAUUCUCCAUUAGAUGUAUACAAAAAAGCAUAUAAAGAUUGGCGUAAUAUUGGGGUUGAUAGUAAAAAAAUAAUUAUGGGUGUAGAUUUUGGGAAUACUCUUCAAAUGGUAUCUAACGAAACUAUUCAACAAAUUCAGACUGUUGAAUUUCCCAAAUCUACCUAUGAUUUUAAGAAGCUAGACAUGCAGAAUCAAAUCCAACAAAUCAGAAAUUUUUGUCCUAAUGCUGAAUCUAAUAUAUAUUCAUGGCCAUGGAAAUAUCUUUCAAAUAUCGUUCUAAAUUCAACGGAUGAAUUUUGUACUAUCAAUACGACUAAUCCCAAAUGGACACGUAAAUUUGAUCCAACAUAUAAUUCUGGUACUCCAUGGCUAUAUAACCUUGUUGAACCCGAAUUUUCUUUUUAUUUAUAUGUCUCUUAUGAAGAUAUUAGUUCAUUACGAAGUAAAUUAGAUUUUGCAAUGACUAAUUCAAUCGGAGGAAUGUCUAUAUCUGACGUUAGUCAUGAUGAUAACAAAACUACUUUAUCAAAUUUUAUGCAACCAAUACGUGGGUUUUCGGUUCCAUCAUCUGGAAGUUCAUCUUCAUCGAAUGGAUCAGGUAAUGGAAAAUCUAAAUCAAGUCCUAAUGAUUCAGUUAUUAUUAAGAAAAAUAAAGCCGGACUUAUCGCCGGAUCAGUUAUUGGAGUUAUAUUUGGUCUACUUUUAUUGGGAAGUUGCUCGUACAUGUAUCGUCAAAAAAUUCUUCUUAAACCCGAUGCUGGAUAUAUUAAUUCAGAAUCAUCUUCAAAUCGAGUUGUUUCUUCGACUACUAUACAACAUGAUCGUCGGAUCAUCGAUCAUCUAACUAUCGAAUGA